AGUAGGUAAAGUUAUACGUUAGGUCAAAGCUUAAACUCACUCUAACGAACUGCUUUUCAAACUUUACGGUAGCAAACUAAUUAUUGACAGAUUAAUAAAUGACACGGUAUUUGGCAUUAGACUGAAAUAUACAUGGCCAGGAGAGGGAGCCGCAACUACAGUUUUCAUGAUCUAUUUUGUAAGCAGAGGUUAGAAGUUAAAAACGUAUAAUUUUGCCAAUCUGGUACUACUACCCAGUGAACCCUAGUUAACGUCAGGUGAAUAACGACAGUAGGCUGUUAUUCGCCAAGAGACGAAAGUUGUUCUUCAGGACAUGGAGCAGGCUGAAUUGAGGCAGAUCCGCACUUCACAUGAAUGCCUACAGAGAGAGCAUCUUCCAAAGCGACCCUACAGGAGGAAUCAAACCCAGUGUACACCAUCGUCAACUCUACCACCUCCACCCCAAACACUUUUUCCUGAAUUGUUGAAAGUAAAAAAAGAAGUGGCAGCUCACCCUGGUAAGCCAAACGAUGCCCCAGUAGUGCUGCCUACUAAACAUACUCAAUACACAUCGACUUCAGGAGCUUCCAUCAAGGGCCAUCCAUUGGCCGUGAACAUGACCAGUUAUCCCCCUCUGAGCAAACCCAGCCCUGCAGGACUAAAGCCUCCACCCAAUAGGCCUGUUAUUCUUCACAGCGGGAAGACUGGAGAUGGUUAUCAGCAAUUCUAUCUGCAGACAAACAGUACAAUAUAUCCAGCUGCCACAGGGGACAUGUCAGCCUACCAGCUGCACACCCAGGCCUCCAGCCUGCCCCAGGGGGUGGGGAUGGCCCACCUCCACGGACCCCAGAAACCCCCUGAGGUGAUCACCCAAAAGAGGGAGCUCCGCCUCAUGAAGAACAGGGAAGCUGCUCGGGAAUGUCGCCGUAAGAAGAAAGAGGAGGCAGCCAAAGCCUGCAGGCAGAGGAAGAAGAGCUACAUGAGCUGCCUGGAGGCUUCAGUUGCCAGGCUGGAGGAAGAGAACAAGAAGCUGAGGGCCAGGCUGCAAUGUUUCCAGAACACCUACAGCCUACAGUGAGAAAGGUCUGAUGGCGGACAUCCCCACAGCCCCCUAAAAAAGAUUUCACAGAUAUUUUUUUCCAAUUGCUGUCAUGAUCAAGCCACAGUUUGGCCACAUUCAUUCCUCUGUGAUCCCUUCAUAGAUAGGCUUCAAGGGGAAAAGAAAGCCAUUACUUCAAUGGGAUUUCUGUUUUAUUGUGCAGUUUGUUCUUGGCCAAUGCAAUGCAUGAUUUCAAUUUGAUCAGGGAACAUUAGGCAAUCAGAAGCAAAUAUCAUAAUGGAAUCAGAGCCUUUAGGCCCCCCCACUAAGCUAGAUGCACCACACAUUACCAAACAGCCUGGCAUUCAAGCCACCGCCACACUUCACGUUUGGAAUUAUUAUUGAUGAGAAUAUUUGCUAUUGGUCCUUUGCUAUAGAUAUCUGUUGAACAAAUUGGCUAGUAGCACACAUUGUUUACAUGAAAAGUGCCAUCGUUAUUGAAUGUAUAUGGUUUCAAAAAGCACAGAUUAUUAACAUUGAUGAUUCACGUUUGUUAUGCUAUUACUAAAUGCUUCUGCAAUUUUUUAUGCACUUACUGUAAAGUUGUGUUUGUGACUUUAUUAAUUUGAUUUGACUUAAGUUAAACUAAUAGGAAUGUAUUGUUCAGCCAUAUUGUUCCGAUUUAGAUCAGUUAUUAUUAAUAUUCUUAGUAACCUAACUUUUCUAUCGAUUUGUAAAAACUAUGCUACAUUGUUCAUUUUAUUGUUUAAAAAAAAUGCAUAGUAUUUUUGGUUCUGUACAGUGCUUGUUUUUAGUGAAAAGCUUUCAUAUAUUUGUAAUAAAUGUUUUCAAGUGUC